CAAAGACUCAGACGCAAGCAGCUAGUGAGUCUCACGUUGCUGUACCGUCCUCGACAGACCCAGGUCUCACCACUCAAUACUUGGAGGAUGCGGGAAGCGGUGGUAGGUCACCUAAGAGACGUCGCAUAGAGGAGCCAGAGGUCGAGGCUACAGUCGAUACGCCAGCACCAGCAUCAGCAUAUGAUGGUGGAGAACAAAACAUCGACCCCAAUCUCGAAGCCUCAACUGCAGAUGCACAGGCUCUUCCACAACCGCGAAAGAGGAGGACGCUUCCUUGGGCAGCGGUGAACCACCCCCCAGAGGGCGAAGAGGACGCUGCUGCUGCGGAGCCAACCCGGAAGCCUCGGCAGCCGCCGAAGCCGCGAGCAAAGAAGAACGUUACAGCAGAUCCGGAUGCAGACCACGUCGCACAGGAAGAUGGAGACGAGGAAGAGGCUCAGCCCACCCGGAAGCGACCCGCUGCCAAACCCCGUGCGAAGAAAAAGGCCACCGAAGCUACCGCCCAGGACGGCGAGGGAGUCCCUGCCCCACCGAAGAAAGCCAGAAAGCCAAGAAAGCCUCGGGAAGCCCUAAGCAGCGAGAUUGUCCAAGGCACAGAAGACGAGGUCGGGCGCAUAGCCGAUGACAUCGUGGCGGCAGCCACGCGUCGCAAGCCAAAAGCAAAGAGAAGGAGGAAGGCCACUCCUGAAGGCGACGAAGUCGAUGGUAUUGAAGGUGAAGAAGGCACAAGGAAAGAAAAGAAACGGAAGGGAAGACCGCCACGAGAGCCCACGCCAUCCGAUGCCGAAGACCAGACCAUCGACCCUGAUGUCACUUACAUGGAUUCUCUAGCAGCUCGGACUGUUCGCAUUGGAAAACUGUCUGCGCUUGAGAAGCAGAUGCGUACCAUUGACUGGGAUGCAGUCAAGCAACGUCGAAGAGAGGAAGACAACAAAAAGGUCAUCUCGAGGGAGGAACAAGAGAAGGCCGACGCAGCCCUGGCGGCUGCGGGGGCAGAGCUGGCGGCUGCACAAGUCGAGCAGGGUCCUAGAUUACGCUUGAAUGCAGACGGCGUCAUGGAACUAGUACCCGACUCUGGGGUAAUCGAUCGAGAGGGUGACGCAGACCGCAUCAUCAACGAAAUGGUUGUCACAGAAGACCAAGAUAUCACUGCACGUCUCACAACCCGUAGCUUCAUGAAAAACAACAAGCGCUUCCCUAAUGAGUUCCUUCUGCCUGGCCAGGGCCGACGUUGGAACGAUGUCCUCACAAAGAAAUUCUACGAGGCCCUCGAGUCUUUUGGUACAGACUUUCAGAUGAUAUCCCAGAUGUUUCCAGGUUUCACACGGCGCUCCAUCAAGACCAAGUUCACCCGCGAAGAGCGUGAAAACCCGGACCGUGUGAGGGAAGCUCUCCAAGGAAGAUGCAAGAUCAACGAAGGCGGAUGGGACAAGUUCUUGAUGGAGUCGGAGAAGACGGAAGAGUCUUUCGCAGACGCAGAUAAGAUCAAGCGCGAAUUGGCCGAACACGAGGCGGAGAUGCGAGAGAAAAUCGCUGCUGCACAAGCAGAAGCCCAAGAGAGGAAACGGCAACGUGAGAUUGCCGGCGUUGAUGCAGAUGGUAACCCGCUGGGUGAUGGAACAAACAAGGAGAAUGGCAAGGGAAAGAAGAAGAGGGGGAAGAACAAGCAGGUCGCCUUCCAGGAAGAGCAGGGUGUGGAGAUUGUUGGAGAGAUUGGCGAUGAUGAUACUUGGGGCCAGGAGUAA